UGAAAAAGAGAGAACAAAGGACUCCCCAUGCUGUGGACCCCUUAUACCUUUGCCGGCUCAGCUGUGCCAUGAUCACACCCUGAUGGAAUGCUCUUGAAAUUAACCAUAUUAAGGAGCACAGCAGGCGUUAACUGAGCUGGCACGCAGUCAGUCACAGAGUCAAGAAGGAAACUGGAGAGGGAACUGAGGCAUCAUCUAAAGUCCUCCUUAUUUUUGCUCCUGAUUUCUUGGGCUCAUCUGCCUCCUUUUCCGGAGAGUGGCCACUGCUGAUAACGUUUCAAUCCCUUCUGUGAAGGUUUGGCGUGGACAUCGCUGUGGCUUAUUUGUUGAAGGGGUUGCUGUGGAUACUGACGGUAGGGAGGCUGCACUGGAGCCAGAGGCGAAAGUGAACAAGCCGCCUGCUGCAGAGAGAGCCGCUGUUUGAGCAGAUGCGGCUGAACCACGCUAAGCAAGCAUGAGAUUUAUGAACUACUUUGUGUAAAUGCUACGUCCAGUGCAAGAGACCGAUCUCCAUAUCACUGCACUCCUCGCAUCUUGUCAAUAUCUUCCUGGACUUUAUGCAGGAGUUCAUGGAAGUGGAGGGUGUUAAAAGAAAACAUCCUAGCCAGAUGUGUUAGCAUCGCAGGUCAUGUGAUUUCUCAUGAGGGUUGGGUGAAAUGGUGGAGGGUCUGGUAGACCCUGGAGCAUCUUUUCCUUUCUGUGACUGCGUGAACAGAGACGCUUGAAUGAGAAAAAGCAAUGCGGGCAACAGUAAUCCUGGUGCAAGUAAACCCAGGUGAGGCCUUUACUAUUCGACGAGAGGAUGGUCAGUUUCAGUGUAUCACAGGUCCUGCUCAGGUUCCCAUGAUGUCUCCAAAUGGUUCAGUGCCUCCAAUCUAUGUGCCUCCUGGAUACAUUUCACAGAUCAUAGAAGAGAAUGGAGUGCGGCGGGUUCUGGUUUUACCUCAGCAACCAGAGUUCCACCCAGGGGGGCACUCCCCUCUCCACCAUCCUCCUCCUCCACCCCAUGCCCACCUGCCUGCCUUCAUCCCACACCCUGCCAUGAUGCCCCCUCCACAUCACCUGUAUACAGGCAUGGCAGGGGGCGUGGGCGACAUGAGCUCCCAGUACAUCUCGCAGUACCAUCCAGCUCAUAUUUACCCGGAGCAGGUCUCUACAGAUUCUCACUCCCAACAUGGACGUCCGUCGUUGGUUCACAGAGAUGACAGAACUAGCAAAACACAUGAACGUCUGCAGAAGAAACUGAAGGAGCGUCAAGGAGGAGGGCAGGUGAAGGACAGCCCUCCCUCGUCACCACAGAAAUCCUGCAACAGUCCCCCAACGGUGGACAUUCAUAACGGUAUUGGAGGGAAAGGGCUGGAGACAGAACAGGGGCAACUUAGGCACACAGUGUCCUCUCCUGACAAGCAGACAGGCAAGCGAAAAAUUGGAGAGUCAGCAGUACUUGACAAGGAGGCGCAGGCCCUACAAGCGCUCUUGAGCACCAUCAAUAAACCAGUGGUGUCAGACAUCGAGGCCAGAGGAGCAACAGUGAGCUGGAGUGCGCCCACAAAGCCAGAAAGUGAGAAUGACAGCAAGGAGGAUGACCCCAGCUUCUCAGAGCCUCUCUGCUAUGAGGUCUCCAUCUCAAUUAGUGGUAAAGAUGGGAAGUACCAGAGCAUGUACUGUGGGGAAGAACUAAGUGCAACUUUAGAACAACUUCGGCCAGCAACAGACUAUCAUGUCAGGGUCCAGGCGAUGUGUAACUGUUUACAGGGAAACCCAUCAGAGGCCGUGAGCUUCACCACUUUAAGCUGUGAGCCAGAUCCUCCCAAUCCUCCCAAGAAGAUCAGUGGGACCAAGAAUUCUCUUUUACUUCAGUGGAAGGCUCCAUGUGACAAUGGUUCCAAAAUUCAAAACUACAUACUCCAGUGGGAUGAGGGGAAGGGGACUGGUGUUUAUGAGCAGUGCUUCUAUGGACCUCAGAAGCAGCACAAAGUAACCAAGCUUUCUCCGGCUUCACAAUACUCUUUCCGCCUUGCAGCCAAAAAUGACAUGGGUACAAGCGAGUUCAGUGAAGUGGUGGACCUGUUCACCUCAUGCAGUGUGCCAUUGCCACCCUUCCCUCCAGAGCUGGAGAUGGCGGGGGUGACCUGGCUGUGUCUGAAGUGGCAGAGGCCUGCUAGCUCUCCAAAGGAGGAUGACAUCUGUUAUAUUUUGGAAAUGGAGGAGGAAGGCUCGGCAUAUGGCUUCCAAAAACACUAUGAUGGUGAGGAACUCUCCUUCACCGUUAGGAAUCUCCACAGGAGCACCAAGUACAGGUUUAGGGUGGCAGCAUACAACUCAGAGGGCAAGAGCAACCCUAGCCAGGUGGUUGAGUUCAUCACAAAACCAGAUAUACCUGGCUGUCCCUUCAAGCCUGUCAUCAGAGGAAGAGUCUUGCCCAACAGCUUCAAAAUGGCCUGGGAACCCCCUAAAGAUGAUGGUGGCUCAGAAAUCACUAAGUAUGUUGUGGAGCUGUCGGAAGGCACAAGUGGCUCACCGUGGGGGCAGGUGUACUCAGGGCCAGCUCUGGAACAUGUGUGUGAGGGCUUGAAGCCCGGCUGCUCCUACCAGACGCGAGUUUACUGCAUGAGCGAGGGGGGGCAGAGCCCGCUGUCAGAGACCCUGCAGGUCCAGACUCCCGCAGUGCCCCCGGGGCAAUGCCAGCCCCCUCGGUUGGUGGGCAAGCCCAAAGCCAGGGAGGUGCAACUGCGCUGGGGUGUUCCUCAGGCAGACGGAGGAAGCCCGGUCUCUUGCUACAGUAUAGAAAUGAGCGGGCCACAGUCUGAGGAAAGCAAAGAGGUUUACCAGGGUCCGGAGCUGGACUGCUCUGUAGGAGGGUUAAUGCCUGGCAAAACCUAUAGUUUCCGGCUCAAGGCAGCAAACAAGGCUGGGUUUGGCCCUCUUUCGGAGCGCUUUGAGGUUACGACUGGCCCCGGGGCCCCUGAGCAGUGCAAAGCUCCCUCCACCACAUGCAAGUCCUCCAGCUGUGUUGUUGUGAGCUGGGAGGCCCCUCCUUGUAAUGGAGCUCCGGUGACAGAGUUUCGUCUGGAGUGGGGAGCAGCUGAGGGUAGCAUGCAGAUUUGUUAUAGUGGUCCAGGCCUCAGUCAUGAAAUGAAAGGCCUACUGCCUGCAACCAACUACUUCUGCCGGGUGCAAGCUGUGAACGUGGCUGGUGUGGGUCCCUUCAGCGAGGCAGUGUUUUGCCUGACGCCCUGCACUGUGCCUGCUGCUGUCAGCAACAUAUACGUGCUCAAAGAGUCUGAGCUGCGAAGUUACGAUACUCCAGUGGAUGCGGAUGAAGAUGAGGAAGAGGAGGAGAGUGAGUCCCGGCCACAGCCGGUCUACUCUCCGUCCACCUGCCUGGGUAUUUGCUGGGACCCUCCGUGCGAUCACGGCUCUGAGAUCACUUCCUACCUGAUUGACAUCGGAGAGCGACAACCUAUUGUUGUUGGUCCGGUCACCAAACACGUCAUCCAAAAUCUACAGCCUGACACCAGCUACAGGAUUCGAAUCCAAGCCCUUAAUACCCUGGGAGCAGGCCCCUUUAGUCACACCUUUAAGCUGAAGACAAAGCCCCUGCCCCCACAGCCCCCCCGCCUGGAGUGCACCGCCUUCAGCCACCAGACCCUCAGGCUCAAGUGGGGUGACGGCCCAGCCAAAGCCACCUCAGAUGCCCUUCAGUAUCAGCUGCACAUGGGGGACAAGAAUGGCAGAUUUAUAUCCUUGUAUAAAGGACCAUGCCACACACACAAAGUCCAGAGGCUUAAUGAGUCUACCUCUUACACGUUCCGCAUCCAGGCCUUUAAUGAGGCGGGCGAAGGGCCCUUCUCCAAUGUUUACACAUUCACUACCCCACGUUCUCCUCCAGCUCCUCUGAAAGCCCCUAAAGUGGAGCGUCUGGAUGAUAACUCCUGCGAAGUCACGUGGGAGGCCCUACCGCCUAUGAAGGGGGACCCAGUAAUCUACAGCUUGCAGUGUAUGAUAGGAAAUUCAGAUUUUAAACAGGCUUACAAAGGCUCUGCCACAACCUUCCAUGUUCAGAACCUGCAGCCCAACAGUGACUAUCGUUUCCGAGUAUGUGCUAUCAGGCAGUGCCAGGACGCCCCGGAGCUGAGCGGUCCCUACAGUCCCACGGUGACCCUCUCCUCCCAGCGGAAUGAUCCGGCGCUGGCCGGCAGCGCGGUCGGCUCAGGAUCCAGGAUCGGCACGGAGUCCACCCGAGCCAGACAGAGCCUGAGCGACGAGCAGUGCGCUUUCCUCCUCCUCAUGGUUUUUGCCGUCAUCGCCAUUCUCAUCGCUUUUGUCAUCCAAUACUUUGUCAUCAAAUGAGCAGUCUGCACCCCCCAGCUUCAGGGUUAUAGCUUUACUCUUCCCUGCCCCUCUGUCUCUCUGUUGUUUUGUAUUCUUUAUUUUGUACUUACUAUUCUCCAGUUUCAACGGAGUAAUUGCAUUAGCUGAACUGGGGUGCAGCAGGAGGAUGGGCGGGUGAGUGGGCGCUAAAUGGAAGUUAUAAAUUGAGGAUGUAACGUCUCAUUUGGCACCUGUGAUACCUUCCUGACUCUCCUGCCUCUGUCACCCCGCUCCAAGGUUGUGGUAUCUGUUGAGUCCAAAUGCCUAAUCCAUCACGAUUAACUUCCUGUGCAAAAGGAACUCAGAAAGCAUAGGGAUAGGGUUUGCGUUGGGAUGGGGAGAAGUGGCGCAUAUAUAUAAAAAUGUAUAGGAAUAGUCAUUAUUUAUAUUUCCAUUUAAGUGUCCAGUAAGAAACUGUUUUUGAUAGAUGUGUUCCAAAAAUGGUCUGUAGGUGUAAACCUAUGUGCUAUUUGAUCCUGGGACCUGGUGGGCCAGUGUUUGCACAGUGAGGUGUGUCCAGAUGUGUUUACUGUAUGUAGUUUGUGCCACUGCGGUACACGGCUGGGAGGGCCUCAGGGCCACACGAAGGGACGUGAUUCCCCAUGCUGGAGUUGGUUCGAGAAGUCUAGGGAAAGAAGAAUCUGAAGAGUUAACCUUGUUCACAUUAGUAGGACGUUCAUUUAGCACUUUCCAACCUUUUUGAUGUUCAGAAUGUUUAAGGAUGCAAAAAUGACUGGAGAAAUGUUAGUAUAUUUUUGUACAGUGAAGACACAAGGAUCUGUAAGUUUGAGGAAAAAAAAUGCUCAAUAUAAAGUUAGAAAACAAAAACCAAACUAACAGUGAAUUCUAAUUAUUUUUACUAUCAUAUAGUUAUACUGUAGCUUGUUUUUACAAUCAUGCAGCUGCUUUACUCUGAGAUAUUGUUGUUCAGCACAAAAAAUGUAUGCUUUCUCGUAUGUUCUGUUUUAUUUCGUUCUCCCCAGUAAUUGAUUUUGCACCUUAGUGAAAGAAAACCUCGACUGACUGCGUCUUGGUCUUGUGAUGCAUUUUAUAGAACACACUUUGAGAUUGUGAAAGCCCUUCAUGUGUUUUGGGUGUUUUUAAAAGUUGUAGAAUCACAUGACGUGUCACUGAAACAGCUAAUCAGCAAAAAUGAAAAAAAAUAAAUAAAAAAAAUAAAAAAAGGAUUUGAAAAAAGAAAACCAGAGGGAAAAUAUCACAAGUUGUUUCAGAGGCCUUAAUUGGAGAGGAAAAAAACGUUGGGAGAUUUUUUUUUUUUUCUUUUUUCUUAAUUUCUCUUCAGUUGUUAUGGUUUUCUUUUAGUGUUAGAAAACACUACAAUGUGUUUCAUUUUACUUUUGCAAAAUUCAUUUGGUGUUUAGUAAACAUGCAUAAUCAUGAGAGAAAUGGAAAGUAGUUGUAUGUAUUAAAUUUAUUUUGGUUUCUUUUUGUCAAGUCAUACAUGUGUGAAGUAUAUUUUUUUAUGAUAUUGAAGUAAUAUAAGUUAAUACUCUCCAGAACAUUAAAAGAAGAAAAAAAUCCUGAGUAGUCAUGAAUCAUUGAAAGCUGAAACAAAAUGUGUUAUCAUGUACUUCCUGUGAAUCUAAAUUUGCCUUUUCUCUGUGUGUUAAGUAUUUGUAACAGGUUGCUAAGCUGAGUUUUCAGUGGUAAUCUGGCUGUAGAGUCUAGUGUUUGGUUUUGGGCAGAUAACUGCUGUUGCAACUUUCAAAAUGAAAUGCAGGUACCUUGCAAAACAUCCUGGAUAAUUACAUGAUUUGGUCCUUCAGACAUUCUGCAAAUGUCUCUUCUUUGUCAUUUAAAAAAAAAAUAAUUCAAAAUUCCUAUUUUUGAUAGCAAUUGCAAAGCGUGCCAUUUUAACACCUCUUCACCCGGGGGCUUACUACCUUUGGCUGGGGAGAUUAACAAAAUGCUACAAAAAUGAGUAAAAUAUGCACAAAACAGACCAUUUUUAUGUAAUUUUAAUGUUUGCAGUUACCUCAUACACCGUACAUUCCAAAAUGAAAAUUUGUUAUACUAUACAUACUACCAGACAUAUCACUUUACAAUGUUCGUUAUGGGAAAAAUGUAUAAUCAUAGAUAUGUAUCUAAAGUGUAUCUGUAUAGUCAUGAUAUCUACAAAGGAUCCAUGCACAAUAAAAGAUUUAUAAUUCUU